AUGCAACCAUAUUCAAGAUUUGGAGGAACAAGAAGAUGUUUUUAUGAAUUUCAAAAAUUAGUAGAUUGUAGUACAUCAUCAGAUACAACAUCAAAAGCACAAUGUUUACCUAAAUUUGAAGAUUAUAAUGAAUGUUUACAUGGUUUAAAAGAAAGAGAACAAAUAAGAACUUUAAAUAAACAAUUGUCGGAAAAUGCAGCUAAUGAUAAAGGUAUAAAUCCUAGAGAGUUAUAUAAUGGGGUUCAAAUUUAUGAAAACUUGGAUUUGAUUAAAAAUAAAUGA